AUUUUAGUUGGACUAAAAUGUUGAUUGAAUGAAUAUCAUUUGGUUUGGAUUGCUUAAAUUUUGUUUUUUCUUUGCGCCCUCAAACACAGGAAUCAUACGACUAUACGGCCACUUGAAUUUACAACAUAGUUUGUAUUUAUUUUGUUUAUUAAUUAAAUUGUAAAAAAAGAAAAGAAAAGCCAAACAGCCCUCAUGUAAAUAAUCACAAGAUCUCAGGUGUGAAACGAGUUCCAGUGACGUAGGUCAUAAACCCGCCCACAACAGUGACGUCUUUUCCGGUUCCGCCGCAUGGGGGUGAUAGGCGGAAAGCGUGCGCGCCUAUUCUGCCACGGCUGCUACCUUCACCACAUCGCUCAUGUUCUGCUAGCCUCGCUCUAUGUACCCCCGGGAGAUGGAGACCAUACGCCGGUUCCUCGACGAGCACCCGGAGGUCCUGUACGGGGGCGUCGGGGCCGCGGCGCUCGUCUCCGGCGGAGCGCUCAUCUAUAAAGUCGCCACAAGAAAGAAGCCCACCCAUGCCAACGUCAACUGCUGGUUCUGCAGCCAGAGCACCGUGGUGCCCUAUGGAAACCGCAAUUGCUGGGACUGUCCCACCUGUGAGCAGUACAAUGGCUUUCAAGAGAACGGGGACUACAACAAGCCCAUCCCGGCCCAGUACCUGGAGAACCUGAACCACGGGGUGUCGGCCAGCCUGCCCCCGUCAGACCCCCCCCAGACCCUGCAGUGGGUCAACACGCAGAUGCUGCUCUGCCGGAAGUGCAACAACAACCAGUCGUCCAAGAUCAAGCAGCUGGCGUCCUUCACCCCCCGGGACGACGAGAACUACGACGAGGAGGUCGAGGCCUACAAGCACCACCUGGAGCAGACCUACAGGCUGUGCCGGCCGUGCCAGGCGGCGGUGGAGUACUACAUCAAGUACCAGAACCGGCAGCUCCGCACAGGGCUGCUGACCCACCAGCUCCGCCGCGGCAGGGACGCAGACAACGGCUUCGUCAAGAGCCCCGCCUCCGUGGCCACGCCCGCCGGCGUCAUCCUGCUGCGCGUCCUGGCCUUCCUCACCGCCACCUUCCUGCUGGCCGUGCUGUUCUCCAGCUGGUCCGGAGCCCCCCCCGGUGACCCCGCCCCCCCCACCCUGCCCGGCGCGGGGCAGAAGAACCAGAGCGGCGCCGGGGGGGGGCCCGCGUGGCGCGGCCUGCUGGAGCGCCUCCCAGCCGUCGCCGUGGAGACGGCCCGGCGGGGCUGGCGCUACGGCCGGGACAACCAGAUGGCGGUGGCCUCCGGGGGGCUGCUGGGCUGUGUGACCGCCGUCCUCCUCGCCGGACCCCUCAGGUUGAGGAGGAUCGACGCCGUGGCGGCCGUGCUGUGGCUGCUGCUCCUGGUGCUCUACCUGGCCGAGGGGUACCUGGCCGAGGGCUACCUGGUCGAGGGGUACCUGGCCGGCGCCCCCGGCUGGCUGGAUGCCGCCAAGCUGGGGACCGCCGCCCUCUGCUGCCUGGUCUGCUUCGGAGCCGCCGUGGCAACGCGCAAGUCGGUCGGUCCCAGAAGAGCCCGGGGUCGAAGGUACCUGGCGGGCCAGCCGCCGCCGCCGCUCUACCCCGGCCUGACGGACCCCUUCAUCCCCACCCCGCCCCCCAGCCUCUCCAAGCUGGCCCCCGGUCGCCGGGCCCCCCCCGAGCGCAGGGCCUCCCCGUCCUCCCUCCCCGGGCGGCUCAACAGGGCCCUGUGCCUGGGCACCAUCCCCUCCCUCACCAGGACGGACUCGGGCUACCUGUUCAGCGGCAGCCGGCCGGCCUCCCAGUGCCAGGACUCUCCGUCCUCAGGUACCGCUCCGUCCGCCUCCCAGUGCCAGGACUCUCCGUCCUCAGGUACCGCUCCGACCGCCUCCCAGUGCCAGGACUCUCCGUCCUCAGGUACCGCUCCGUCCGCCUCCCAGUGCCAGGACUCUCCGUCCUCAGAUUACUUCUCCCUGAAGUCCGGGAGCCGGCCCUCGUCUCCGGCCCCCUCCCUGGCGGGCUCCGUGACCUCCACCUCCAGCUCCGCCCGCCAGAGACGGCCCCUCAUAAGCCCCGCCCGCCUCAACAUCAGCGGCCGCAAGCUCCGCCUCUUCUCCCACGAGGCCGAGCCCCUGCCCAUGUCCCCGCCCCUCUCCCCGCCCCUCUCCCCCAACCACUGCUACGCUGAGCCCGCCCCCUCGGUCUGCAGCGGACGCUGCGCCCCCGACCUCAGCCCCUACCCGGGCCACAGCGAGCUGAGGUCCUUCCAGGGCGACGGCAGCGUGAUCGGGCAGCAGAAGGGCAGCUCCUCCGGGUCCUCUGCCUGCAUGGUGGACACCACCACGCAGGGGCUGGAGCCCGCCGCUACAUCACCUGGUUUGGUCAAGCGGUUCGUCUGGCCGGGGCUCCUAUUGGCCAGCUUGAGUGUCAAUCUCAUCUUCUCAGCCCUCUACGUGUACCGCAGCUGGGCGUGAACCAGGGGACCCCCCCCCCCCCCCCCCACUCUCCUGGUCCACUGAGUCGGCCUCGCUCGGCCCUUUCAUCCAAUCAGUGUCAUCCUGAGCGAGCCGUCCUCCAGAGACUGUGCAGGACGUGGUUUGGUUCCCGCUCCCUGAGGCUCGGUCCAAGGACCAGUGAGCUGUGGUUCUGUUUGCCCGUCUGAGUCUGAGGUGACGGGGAGGGUCUAUGCUUGUUCAUCACAGCCUUGAAGCUCCCCACUCUGUCCCCUUUAAAAGAAAAAUGUGACGAGUCUUAAAUCUGUGGUUAGUCCAAACGCGCUGAAAGGAGGAGUCACGUCCAAAUUAAACAUGACAAUGUUCCAGAACUCAAACUCAUGGCGAGGGGAGGUCGGUCGAGGUUGUAAAAAUGUGCAAUAAAACGAUUGCUGCACAUGGAAUCAUACUUAACACUGACCCCCCCCCCCCAUAGGAGUUGACGUAUGGUCGGCCACUUGUUAAGCAAACAGCGAACAUGAACGCCCACUUAUUCUUUGUUCCAGUUGUACAUGGAGCACACACUACAGAACUUAAACCUACCUUUUCAGAACACCUGCUUUCUUUUGAGAUCUGGACUCAGUAUUUAUUGUGCAUUUUAACACAACUUUCCAUAAUCUCAAAAGUAAACAAAUGCUUGCGUGUGUGUGUGUGUGUGUGUGUGUGUGUGUGUGUGUGUGUGUGUGUGUGUGUGUGUGUGUGUGUGUGUGUGUGUGUGUGUGUGUGUGUGUGUGUGUGUGUGUGUGUGUGUGUGUGUGUGUGUGUGUGUGUGGAGUAAGGCACCAGACCGUUUGACUCAAGGUUUUCACCUUUCACAGAUGUGCAUGUUUGUCAGAGAAGUCGUGUAUCUGGAAUCUAAGCUAUCAGGCGUUGGUAUUUAUAUUAAUUUUGCUUUAGAGAAAGUGUAUUGCCUGUGUCACAGGUUGUGUGGUGCUGUUAUGCCUGCAUCUUUAGCUAAAUGACUUGUCUAUUGAGUGUUGUUGUGUAUGUUUAUCUUGGAGGUUUACGUUCGAAUAGAACAUUUUAUAUCUGUCUGCUUUCGGAUGUGGGAUCAUGCAUUAUAGUUUGGCUCCUUUUGUUUGUAUUGAAGGAAAAAGGUGAAUCGAUGACUUGUGUGUUGAAUGUAUCAUUUACAAG